AUGGGCUCCCUUAUCAUGAACGACAACUUCCAGCACAUCCUGCGUGUGCUCAACACCAACGUGGACGGCCGGAACAACAUCAUGUACGCUCUGACCUCCAUCCGGGGUAUUGGUCGCCGCUUCGCCAACCUGGCGUGCAAGGCCGCUGAGGUGGACAUGCGGAAGCGCGCCGGCGAGCUGUCGCCCGCGGAGAUCGACGCGUUGAUGGCGGUGGUGUCGAACCCGCUGGAGUUCAACUUCCCCAAGUGGUACCUCAACUCGCAGAAGGACUGGAAGGACGGCGCGUACAACCAGAUGGUGUCGUCGGGCAUCGACUCGCAGAUGCGCGACGUGAUGGAGCGCCUCAAGAAGAUGCGCAUCCACCGCGGCCUGCGCCACUACUGGGGCUUCAAGGUCCGCGGCCAGCACACGUGCACCACGGGCCGUGGCCGCCAGGCCAUGCUCGCCGCGCGGAAGGGCAAGUAA